UAACAGGAAAAUGGCAAGCUUUAUUUUUGUCGGACAAUUUAUAUAAGACAGAAUCUUCAUACACAUGCAGUUAAAACAGAAGAGAGCAAAUACAGACAUGUUAUUGUGUAGAGGAGGGCCUUUAUAAGUAUCUAUGGCAUUGCGGCGACCUCUCCGUCUGCUCACUCAUUUCAUUGGCUACGUGCAUUACGCUAUUGCCCGUUUUGAUUGGCUGCGGCACCAACGUUGGUUCCGCCUUUGCUGGCCUCGGCAGUCACACACGACUCCGCUGAUUGGAGGCGGCUCUGUCACUCAUCUGGGAUAUUAAGGAAGGGUGCUAACUGCCAAGAUGAAGCACUACGAGGUGGAGAUACUGGACGCCAAGACCAAGGACAAGCUCUGCUUCCUGGACAAGGUCGAGCCAAAUGCCACCAUCGGAGAGAUCAAGUCUAUGUUCCACAAGAGCCAUCCUCAGUGGUACCCGACCAGACAGUCCAUUCGCCUCGACGCCAAGGGGAAGUCUCUGAAGGACGAGGAUGUUCUGCAGCAUCUCCCUGUGGGAACCACGGCAACCUUCUACUUCAGAGACCUUGGCGCUCAGAUCAGCUGGGUGACGGUCUUUCUGACCGAGUAUAUGGGUCCACUGGUUCUCUAUCUGAUGUUCUACUUCAGAGUUCCCUUCAUCUACGCAGCCAAAUACGACUUUACCACCAGUAAACACUGGGUCGUACAUCUCGCCUGCAUGUGUCACUCUUUCCACUUCGUCAAGAGGCUGCUGGAGACUCUGUUCGUCCAUCGCUUCUCCCACGGCACAAUGCCGCUACGCAACAUCUUCAAGAAUUGUACCUACUACUGGGGCUUUGCAGCAUGGAUGGCCUAUUACAUCAACCACCCGCUGUACACCCCACCCAUCUACGGCGAGCAACAAAUCCGACUCGCCCUCGUCUUAUUCCUGUUCUGUCAGAUCGGCAACUUUUCCAUCCACAUUGCUCUUCGGAACCUCCGUCCGCCAGGGUCCAAGACCAGGAAGAUUCCCUAUCCAACCAAGAACCCCUUCACCUGGAUCUUCCUGCUGGUCUCCUGCCCCAACUACACCUACGAGCUGGGCGCCUGGCUGGGCUUCACAUUGAUGACGCAGUGCCUGCCGGUGGCGUUCUUCACCCUGGUGGGUUUCAUCCAGAUGACUGUGUGGGCGAAGGGGAAACACCGCAGCUACCUGAAGGAGUUCCGCGACUACCCUCCUCUGCGCUCGCCCAUCCUGCCCUUCAUCCUUUAGAGGACUAAGCUGCUCCCCUCGCCCCUUUAGCUCCCCCCGCUUAUAGCACCCACCCCGUAAUGAGAGGGUGCUCUCCUGUUUUGCAACUGACUAAAUCUUAUCAUGCGCGCUUUUUUUUUUUCCCCUUCGAGAACCAAAUCUUUUCACCUCCUGUCUGCGUUCCGGGUAAUGUUGAUGAGUGCAAAUUUCUUUAUAUUUCUGUCCAAACCAUCCUGAUUUAUUUGAGCUGCAAGAGCAGGUAUUCACCUUCCCAGUGCUGUGUGUACUGAAUGACAAACUGCACAUGUUAUAAUGUCCAACCACUUUGAAUCUGCAGUUUAGUUUUUGUAUCCAUUCAUCUAAAUUUGAAUUCAUGACAGGAUUUCAUUGAUAGUGUGAGAAGUAAUUUAUUAAAAAAAGGUAAACCAAA